AUGGAUACAGCUUUGGAUCCACAGAACUCCAUCUCCCAAAAGAAUCAACAAGUUGUAGACCUCUAUGACAACUAUGUAGCAGGGGGCUUCGCACCAUAUCCAACCGCCCUCGUCAGGGCUCAAGGAUCCAAAGCAUGGGAUGUCGACGGAAAAGAGUACAUCGAUUUUCUCUCAAUGUACUCAGUCACAAACUUCGGCCACAGCCACCCCAAGAUCGUCGCUGCUGCUACCAAGGCUGCUUCUGAGUGCGCGGUUGUGAACAUGCCAUUCCACAACCCAUACUACGGGCAGUUGGCAAAACGACUCCAUGAUUUAUUCGGAUAUGACAAAUUCGUGGCGCUGACAAGCGGAGCAGAGGCCGCAGAUGCUGCUGUCAAGAUCGCCAGGAAGUGGGGCUAUUUGCAAAAGGGGAUUCCAGAAGGUGAGGCGUGGGUGUUAACGGCCGGACGCUGUUACCAUGGUGCGACGCUAAGCACGGUGGCGAUGAGAAGCGACCACCAGAAGAGUCCUCUAUACGGGCCGUUCAUGCCACAAGUCGGCCCUUUCUCGCCCGCUGGCAGGCCAAUACGCUUUGGUGAGAUUGACGAUAUUCGCGAGGCGUUCGAACUCGACGGUGGAAGGAUCGCUGCCUUCAUAGUGGAACCGAUACAGGGCUCGGCCGGAGUUAUGGUGCCCCCGACAGGCUACCUGAAGGAAGUUGAGAGACUCUGCAAGAAAUAUAACAUCCUUUUCAUCGCUGAUGAAGUACAAUGUGGCCUUGGAAGAGCUGGUGCCAAUCUAGCAUAUCAAAGAGAUGGUGUUCGUCCUGAUCUUGUGGUCAUCGCGAAAGCUCUGGCAGGAGGCAUGUAUCCAAUUUCGGGAGUAAUGGGAGACAAAGCCACAAUGGACCUGGUCGGCCCCUAUGAGAUCGGAUCAACCAUGGCGGCAACCCCAAUAGCAUGCUCAUCAGCCUUGGCAGCUCUUGAUGUGCUUGUCGACGAGGACCUGGCCGAGAGAGCGAAUCAUAUGGGAGAGCUGCUUAUAUCGACAUUGAAAAAAGCGAACCCACCACACGUUGCAGGUUAUAUGGGUGCUGGGUUAUUUUGGGCUAUGAUUCUGGAUACGUCAUCAGCCAGAGUCACGCCAAAGAGGCUCGCGUCUUUGACAGCACAGAGAGGACUUCUCACUGGCGCAGCGGGACGCGACAGAAUGCGGAUAUGCCCUCCUCUUACAAUAUCAGAGGAAGAGAUGCUCCGGGGUGCGAAUGUCCUCAUCGGUGCCCUGAAAGACCUGGAGAGCGCUGGACCGUUGCCAGCAGAGUAG